AUGGCGAGCGAACCGAGAUCAAAUGCUCUACAAUUGAAAUACAAUGAAUAUAAGCAUACAUUAGAAGAACUACAAUCCAAGGUCAUUGAACUGGACAACGAUAGACAGGAGCACGAAAUUGUGCUCAAUACUUUGGAAGAUAUCAACUCGUCAAGAGUGUGUUAUCGCAUGAUCGGUGGAUCAUUGGUCGAAACGAACGUGGAGGAUACAAGGCCCGUUUUGAGCACCAAAGUCCAAAAUAUGAAAAGCUCUAUAUCAAAGAUGAAAGCCGAAUUGAUUCGGACGGCAGGAGAGUUCGAAAAAUGGAAAAAAGAUAAUAAAAUUCAGGUUGUAAGGCAGUAA